AUGUCACAAUUUUAUUCCUCCCCUCCCCCCCACAACCCCUACGGCGCAUCCAACACCGCAGCCCAAAACCUCCAAUUCUACCCCUCAACCUACACACCCGGUGCCGUAUCUGGCCACGCAACACCACAGGCCGCAUAUGGAUAUGGGAUACCUCCUGCCGCACAAGCAUAUCCCGGCGGUGCAAGCGGCGGGUUUGGGUUUCCGGGGACUGGUGCCGCGGGCGUGAGUGGACGGAUGGGAGAGAGUGGUGGGUUGAGAACGGGGUGGUUCGCUGCUUUUGGCACUGAGGGCUAUGAUGGGGAACCACCGUUGUUGGAGGAGUUGGGAGUUAAUUUUGGUCAUAUUAGGGAUAAGACAUUGGCAGUACUCAAUCCACUUGCGCACAUUGAUCAACACAUAAUGGACGAUUCCGAUCUCGCGGGUCCCAUUCUCUUCUUUCUCCUAUUCGGGACCUUCCUCCUUUUCUCGGGAAAAGUACAUUUCGGAUACAUAUACGGACUGGCACUCCUCGGAUCCUCAUCUCUUCAUCUAAUUCUCUCCCUUAUGUCACCACCUCUCAACACCGAUCCCAACUCCCAACAACCCGUCGGCCCUUCACAUCUCUCUUCCACCCUUACAUUUCCACGAAGUGCUAGUGUGCUAGGAUAUUGUUUAUUACCAUUGGUACUCACGAGUGUAGUGGGGAUCAUCAUGCCAAUGGAUGGAUUGGUCGGAUACGUAUUAACCACGUUAGCGAUUGUGUGGUGUACAUAUAGUAGCAGCGGGAUGUUCUGUGCAGUAGGAAGAAUGAAGGGAAUGAGAGGGCUAGUAGCAUAUCCUCUAGCCCUAUUCUACGUCGGUUUUGGAAUCAUGGGAAUCUUUUCAAGUAGGGGUGCAGGUACAUUAGUGAAGGUAGCGGGAGCUUAA